AUGAGUGUGGUGUUCCUUGUCUACAUGUGUUUGCUAUGGUACGCCGCACAUCACCUUCCUGAAAUGACGGCUCCGGUGAAACCCACCACCGGUACUGGCCUUUCAGCGGCGGAGCUCGACAAACUUCCGAGAACCACCGGUAAUGAACUCGGCUUAGGGACCGAAUGUUCGGUCUGUUUGGAGGAUAUUGAGGCGGAGCAACCGGCGAGGGUGGUUCCGGGAUGUAACCAUGGGUUUCAUCUACAAUGCGCCGAUACUUGGCUGUCAAAAAAUCCGGCUUGCCCGGUUUGCCGAAACAAACUUGAACCGGAUUUCUUUCGCCCAUCUGAAACCAGUCCAUGUUGA